AUGGACACCGGAAAGAAGACCACCGGCGUGCUCCAUCACACAACGAUGGACCUGACCAAGCGACAGGCCGCCGCAUACCAAACAAUAACAACCACUCUCGCUGGUACUAAGCGUAGUGGGUCAGAAGGCCUGGUCCAGGACUCCCACCGUGCUACGAUCUCCGCCAACACUGCCUUCAAGAAGGCGGCCAGCCUCCUCGGAAGUAAACCUGCCCAGCUAAGGCCCAGUCCGAUCAUCAGUUUGGAUACACACUCCGAGCAGGAGUCUUCCGAAUAUUCCCAACGUAAAGCUAUUAGCGCAACUCCAUCGGCAUCGGUGGAACCUGCGCUGUGCCUCUCUCACCGUGUUUAUGGACUCCCACCUGGGCUUGUCGCAAACUUCGCAAGCCUAGGGAUAAAGAGUAUCUAUCCUUGGCAGAAGAAUUGCCUCCUAGGUCCUGGAUUACUCUCUGGUGUGAAGAAUCUAAUAUACAGCGCUCCGACGGGAGGGGGCAAGUCCCUCGUUGCUGAUGUCCUGAUGUUAAAACGCGUUCUAGCGGAACCGGGCUCAAAGGCACUCCUGGUUCUGCCCUAUGUUGCCCUUGUACAAGAGAAAGUACGAUGGUUGCGCAGCGUGGUGGAAGGGUUGACGCGACCUUCCAGCGCGGAUGCCCAGGAUAAGAAGAAUAGUCACUGGAGGAAACGAGCUGAUGAGGACACUGCCAACUCGCUUAUAAACUCUGCGAUCGAAGAAGGCGGCAUUGGAGACCUGAAAGCGGUCGUACUAGACGAGUUGCAUAUGAUUGAUGAUGACCAUCGAGGAUAUCUCCUCGAACUUCUUUCCGCAAAGUUAUUGUCACUGAGCCAGCCCAUUCAGAUUAUUGGAAUGAGUGCGACCAUAUCAAAUAUCAGUCUCCUGGCGAAGUGGCUCGAUGGCCAUGCCUACGUCACAAAAUACCGGCCAGUCCCGAUCGAAGAGCACCUCGUUUACGACGGUUGUAUAUACCCAGCAGACAGUGCAAGUCUGCUCGCUAAGACAGCCAGCUCUCUCAUCACCCCUCAGGUGCCAUCUCAGUCAGCGAUGCGACCGUCGCGGGAGAUACAGCCAUCCCCACAUAAAGAAUUCAAGGACCCAGUUCUCAAUGCAGUCGUCGCCUUGACUUGCGAAACUGUAGGAGCCGGCUAUGGCGCGCUCGUCUUCGCUGGUAGUCGGCAAUCUUGUGAAUCAAUUGCUCAAUGGAUUAGCAAAGCCCUGCCCCCGCCGGAGGAUCUGGCGAUUGCGAUCGCGGAUAAACGGUUAGACGUCCUGAGCGAGCUCCAGAGCCUAAGCACUAGUGUCGAUUCUGUCCUGGCAGAAACCAUUCCAAAUGGUGUUGGAUUCCAUCAUGUUGGUGAAUUCGUCUAUGAGAGGGAGAUAGUAGCUAAGGCUUAUGAUUCGGGUGCAAUCAAAGUCUGUGUUGCAACCUGCAGCCUUGCGGCCGGAAUCAAUCUGCCCGCCCGUAGGGUGAUCCUGCAUGGGGCUAGGAUGGGAAGGGACUUUGUCGGUCCAGCAAUGCUGAGGCAGAUGAGAGGCCGUGCUGGACGCAAGGGCAAAGACGAGGUAGGAGAGACAGCGCUUCUCGAGAUCAUUGCUAUCCGUCUUGCCACGAGUCGGGAAUCGGUCGAGGAAUACGCCAGAAGAUCCCUCUUCCACCACUCUAAUGGCUUACAAGAAACGAUGCGCUGUGUUGACUCCAGCUUGGCUGAGCUGGAAAAGUUGAAGUUCAUCAAGUUUGACCCGGUCGAGUCCUCGUACGAAGCGACUCUACUUGGAAAGGCAAUAGUUGCGUCUUCCAUCGAUCCGGACGAUGGACUGUUCAUCUACGGGGAACUCAAGGGAGCAUUGAGAGCCUUCGUCAUGGACGGUGAUCUGCACGUCCUCUAUACAUUCACGCCGAUCAAUGUCACAGAUACACCUGUGGACUGGAAAGUCUUCACUGAUAUGGUCGAAUCCCUAGAUGAGAGUGGCCACAGAGUGAUGGAGCUCUUACGCCUCAAAGUUUCCACUAUUUCGCGGAUAUCCCGAGGGGCCACUUUGCCCGAAUCUACGCAAGAAGAAAAAGACCAUGCCCGGCGGCACCGGCGAUUCUACCUAGCUCUCCAGCUUCGAGACAUAUGCAAUGAGAUGCCCAUCCACUCGGUUGCGCGCAAGUACGAUAUGCCACGCGGAACCGUCCAGAUGCUGGCACAGACGGCACAAGGCUUUGCUGCCGGAAUGAUUAAAUUUUGCGAAGUAAUGGGCUGGGGUGCCCUCGCUGCGACCCUUGACCAUUUCUCUGAUCGUCUCAAGGCUGGGGCCAAAGCAGACCUUCUAUCUUUGGCCAAGAUUACUUUUGUCAAAAGUCGAACUGCGAGGGUAUUCUGGGACAACGGUUUCCGAAGCGCAGCAGCCGUCGCCAACGCCGACCCCAAGGAAUUAGUACCGGUCUUGAUGCAGGCACAACCAAACAAAAUCCGCCUUAAAGAGCAAGCGGAGGAUGAGAAGUAUUACGAGAGGCUGCUGAUCAAGGCCAAGAUCAUCGUUGAGUCAGCCAACAAGAUUUGGAGUUUUGAAAUGCAAGAAGAUAUGGAGGAGGAAUGA